AUGAUAAACUCCGACCACAUUGAUGAAGAAAACGUUUCUAACUUCUCCAUUAGUGUAAAGCAAUUAGCACAUAUCGUCGAGAACAACUCUAAUAAUAAGGGCAAAUUUCUGUGUCAAAAUACUUCUGUUAUUCAACACCUAUUUCAUGCACUGGAAACAAAUACUGAUUCCGGCAUAUUAGGAGAUUCAAACGAUCUCUAUCGUCGCCGCAAAGCCUUUGGUUCCAAUACAAACUCAGAAGGCCGAUCACCUUCUUCCAACAGCAAAGGCUUUGAUCGACUGAUACUUGAGGCAUUCAAAGAUACUACCGUUAUUCUUCUUCUUUGUUGCGCCGCACUUUCUCUUGUUAUUGGGAUUAAGAUGAAUGGUCUCCAAGAAGGAUUAUUUGAUGUUUUAUUAAUCUUUCUGCCAAUAAUGAUUGUUGUUAAUUUUGGCUUUACCUAUAGAUUUUUCAAGGCCAUAUGGGUGAAGAAGAAAAUGGCGAAGCAGAAAAAGGUAGUCUGGGUUCUUAGACACCACCAGAUGCUACAAAUUCCAGUUUCUGAAGUGGUGGUUGGUGAUAUUUUGUUCUUGGAAACAGGUAAUGAGGUCCCGGCUGAUGGGAUUCUUAUUCAUGGCAACUCAUUCAAGCUCGAUGAUGGUUUAAUCGAUGAACAAUUGUCACAACAUCCCUCGUUGUUUACUCGUACAAACUUAGUGGAAGGCAACUGCCAGUUUCUCGUGACUGCAGUUGGGAAAAACACUGAAAGAUGCAAGUUGACGGAAUUGGUAGCAAGUUCCCAACAUGAUGGUAUGUCACAGAUUCAUCGAUCAAUUGAUGAGAUGAGCUCAUUCUUGGAGAAACUAUGGUUGAGUCUCUCUUUGCUCAUUCUUGUCGUGCAAGUUUUCCGUUGUUUCUUGUGGAAAUCAUGGUGUUGUGAUAACGAUCGUAAUCCAGAUCCUAAGGGUGUGAAGAACACAGUGGAGGAAAUAAUGAACGAGGCCACAAAAUACAUGAGGAGGAAGCGAGGUGGCACCAAUAAGGUUAAUGGUUUGGUGGCUAUGCUAUGCAUAUUGUUAUUUUCAUUAAAAGAUGGAUUAUCUUUAGGAAUUUUCAUUAUUCUUAUAUAUGCAUCGAAGGAGAUAAAAAAGGCUCAUCAAACCAUAGUUCAUAAGCUCCCAGCAUGCGCGAACGUAGCCCUUGUUACCACCCUCUGUCUCAGCAAAUCACUUGACUUGGUUGUGAAGCAUAAAAUGAUGGCGGAUUUAUGGAUUGGUUUCGAGAAAAUUUUGAACCUUCCUGCAGAUAGUGGCGGAGCUGAAGAUUCUCAUGUUGAGGAAGUCCUGAAUGCCUUACUCGAAGGAAUUUGCAUGAAUAUAACUGGUGGUGUCAAUGAUGAUUCUCUUCUUAUUUGGGCCGAGAAAGUGCUUGGCGGUGAUAUUGAUGAAUUGCUCGGAAGUUGUACAAUCCUACGUCGUGACAAUUUGUAUCCUAGCAAAGGGUUGUGUGGGUUGCUAAUAAAGAGAAACAAAGAAGGUGGAAAAUUUAUGCAUGUGCAUUGGAAAGGAGAACCAAAUCUGGUUCUAUCUAUGUGUUCUCAUUAUUAUGACAUUAACGGCACCAUGCAAACCCUAGAUGAUGGAAAAAGAGAGAUGUUCUAUAGAAAUAUUGAGAGUAUAAUAUCUAACGGCGUUAAAUGCUUUGGUUUUGCUUAUAAGAAAGUAAAAACAAAACAAGAAAAGGAAAAUUACCCCAUUGAUUCUGAAGAAAAUACUAUUGCAAAAGAUGGCUUGAGCCUUUUAGGGAUUGUGGUAUUAAAGAAUCCAUAUUCACCUGAGUUGAGGCAAACGAUUGAAAUGUGUCGAGAAUCAGGAAUUGAGAUCAAAUUAAUGGUGGAUGAAGACUUGCAUACUGCAAGAGUGAUGGCUCUUAAUUCUGGAAUUCUGAGAGUUGAAGAAGACAUACAAGGAGCCAUAAUUGAAGCUGCUGAAUUUAGAAGUAGCUCCAAGGAAGCCCAAAUAAGUAUGUCUCACAAAUUCAAAGUAUUGGCUAAUAGUUCUCCUGCUGAUAGACUCCUCUUGGUGCAUUGCUUAAGAGCUAAGAAUCGCGAGCUCGUGGCAGCAACUGGUACAUGCAUUAGAGACUUGCCAUAUCUCAAAGGAGCCGACGUUGGGAUUUUUAUUGGUGAAAACUGUGCGGACUUGGCUAAGAAAGAUGCUGAUAUUACUGUGGUGGACUCAAAUUUUGGUAUGAUCCCAGCUAUAUUAAUCUUGGGCAGGUAUGUCUGUACUAACAUUGAGAAGUUCAUACAGUUGCAAUUGAUACUCAAUAUUUCUGCAUUUACUUCAAGUUUUAUUCUCCUAAUUUUCAAUCCCACGAGUGAAGAACAAUUGACACCAUUUCAGUUGUUGUGGGUAAAUCUAGUAAUGGAAGUUCUUGGUGCCUUGUUUUUGGCAAUCAUAACAUCAGCCGUAAAGCCUGAGUCUUUGGAAUUUCAUCAAGUCAUGAUGAACUGUUCUAAGACGACGACGACUAAUUAUGGUACGGGUGCACCUAUUAUAACCAAGAACAUGUUAAUGAACAUAGGUGUUCAAUCUAUGUUUCAAGUUACACUUCUGUUGAUACUUAGCAAGAAGGGAAGGGUGAUUUUUCACCUCGAUGAGACAUUGUUGAGUACAAUGAUCUUCAAUUCAUACGUACUAUGCCAAGUUUUUGUGUUGAUCAUCAGUGCCAUUGAGAUCACAAAGACAAGUAUCUUCAAAGGGAAUAUCAGAAGAAAUCCGUGGAGAAAAUGUUUGUUUAUAGCUAGUGUAGUAAUUGUAGGAAUUAUUGUUGCUUUGCAAGUUAUACUAAUCCAGAUCAUGUCAAAGAUUGCUCACUGGAAAAAGUUAGGAAUGAAACAGUGGUCCAUCUCUAUAGGAACUGCAGCUCUAUCUUUGCCCAUACACUAUGCUGCAAAAUUGGUUUCAAAUUCCUUCCAAAGUUUCUUAAUUAUGUGUGUAAGAAUGUAA